AUGAUUGACAAGGGGAUACAGUUCAAUACUUUGAUCGCGAAAUGUACUAUAAAUUUUCUUUAUUCAAGGAUCUUCAUCCAGUUACUAAAUAAUAGUUUAAUAUAAAAAAAAAAAACCGAUUCAGAUUUUUUAUAUUCCACGUAUCUAAUUAUCAUUCAUCUGAAAAGUGUAGUAUAAUUUGACACAAUAUAAUUGCAAUCGUUGGAGACGUAUUGUCAACGAUCGUGUAAUGUUAUUCGUAUCAGUGAGUCGACCGAAUCGAACCUUUGGAUAUGGUCUGGGAGGAAGAGGAGGUCGAAACCACGUGGCAGGAGGUGUCGACCUUCUACAGAUACGGAUUGAAGACUAUUUCGUGCAGUCAGUACGAUUGCCCUGAACGUGGACCGGUCUGUUACACCAGGAUCGAUCCGGGGAAAGAAGCAACGCCAGCGUUGGGACUCGAUUUUCCUCCGUUAAUUUUUCAGAGUCUUUUCUACGUGCAAACGAAAAAAGCCGAAGUAAAAAUGCCGAGCGGGAACUUGGACAAACCCGUGAUCGAGGACAAUCGAGACGGCACUGUGUCGAUCAGGUACGAUCCAAGGGAAGAAGGACAACACGAGCUUGCAGUGAAAUUCAAUGGCGAACACGUUCAAGGUUUGUGCCAUUUUUCAAUAUAUACUUUUAAACUCUUACAUUUAAAUAAACUAUCAAAGGAUCGAAUUUACGAAACUUUUGAAUCUCUUAUUUUAUUUGAGGGAUUCUUUCUUAAUAUACGUGUUUUAUGAAUUAGGUUCACCGUUCAGAUUCCACGUGGACUCUUUAGCGAGUGGCUACGUGACAGCGUACGGGCCAGGUCUGAUAUACGGUGUCUGCGGUGAACCAGGAAACUUCAACAUCUCUACAAAGGACGUAGGACCUGGUGGUCUCUCGCUCUCCAUCGAAGGACCGGGCAAAGCAGCGAUCUCCUGCCACGAUAAUAAGGAUGGCACAAUUUCGGUUUCUUACUUACCAACCGAUCCCGGGGAAUAUAAAAUCGGCGUGAAAUUCGGUGGCAAGCACAUUCGCGGCAGUCCUUACGUUGCUAAAAUCACAGCAAACCGACCAAGGAAUUAACAUUGCGAUAAAAUCUCUUGCAGGCGAGGGUCGCAAGAGGAACCAAAUCUCGGUCGGUUCGUCCAGCGAGGUCCAACUGCCGGGCAAAGUGACAGACUCUGACAUCAGAUCCUUGAACGCCUCGAUCACGGCCCCGAGCGGCCUCGAAGAGCCAUGCUUCCUGAAGACGUUACCAAACGGCAACAUGUGCGUGUCGUUCACACCUCGCGAGGCCGGCCCUCACACAGUGGCGGUGAAGAAGAUGGGCAAACACAUCUCUAACUCGCCGUUCAAGAUCGACGUGAAGGAUCGCGAGGUAGGUGACGCGAAGAAGGUGAAAGUCUCCGGGCCCGGCCUGGUCGAGGGUAAAACUCACGUGGAGAACAACUUCUCCAUCGACACGAGGAACGCUGGCUUCGGUGGUCUCUCACUGUCGAUCGAAGGGCCGAGCAAGGCUGAGAUCCAGUGCAAGGACAACGAGGACGGGACACUGAACAUCUCGUACAAGCCGACCGAGCCUGGUUACUACAUAGUGAACUUGAAGUUCGCCGACCAUCACGUGGAGGGCUCGCCGUACACGAUAAAAGUGACCGGCGAGGGUAGCAAUCGGCAGAGGGAGAAGAUCCAGAGACAGAGGGAGGCUGUGCCCAUCACCGAGGUUGGCAGUCAGUGCAAGAUAACGUUCAAGAUGCCUGGCAUCACGUCGUUCGAUCUCGCGGCGACGGUCACGUCGCCGGGAGGCGUCACCGAGGACGCCGAGGUCAAGGAAGUUGAGGACGGCUUGUACGCGGUUGCUUUCGUGCCGAAGGAGCUCGGCGUGCACACGGUUUCCGUUCGUUACAAGGAGAUCCAUAUCCCCGGAUCACCCUUCCAGUUUACCGUGGGACCGUUCAGGGACAGCGGUGCGCACCGGGUGCACGCCGGUGGCCCUGGCUUGGAGAGGGGAGAACAGGGUGAACCGUGCGAGUUUAACAUUUGGACGAGAGAGGCCGGAGCUGGUACUCUGGCUGUUUCCGUGGAGGGACCCAGCAAGGCUCAGAUCGACUUCAAGGAUCGGAAGGAUGGCAGCUGUUACGUUAGCUACGUGGUUUCCGAGCCUGUAACAUUUGCACAUUUGGAAUUUCCAGGUGAAUACAGGGUAGGAAUAAAGUUCAACGAUCAGCAUAUUCCCGAUUCGCCUCACAAGCUUUACAUAUCACCGGCGAUGGGCGACGCUCAUAAGCUGGAAGUGGCGCAAUUUCCGGAAUCCGGCGUGCAACCAGACAAGCCAGCCACCUUCCUCGUUCGCAAAAAUGGUGCCAAGGGUGAACUUGACGCGAAGGUAUAUCAUUUCUACGCUGUUCAACUCACGUCGCAACGCGUAUUUUUAGGGGGCCAUUAAAAGGCAUCGUUUGGGAUUAAUUUUUUUUCCCAUUUUUAUUUGCGCUUGUGUUUGUACAGAAUAUCGUUCGCUGGAUUAUUGACUUCAACAUAGUCAAUUGAUUACAAAUUGUAAUAUAAUUUUCAGAUAAUCGAUUUCCAACAAUUUAUUACUUGGCUUUCUCUGUGCAUCUUAACACUUCAUUGCUGUUACUGUGUACACUGA